UACCAAAGUAUGGAGUUUGGUACACAUCCUUACUUUUCUUGGGUCAAAAAAGAAAUCGUUCACCCUCUGACAAUGUUUCCAAUUUGGUCACCACGACAUGGUAUAUUUUCUGAGUGAAUGGUAAUUACUUAUGACUUGGAUUAACUUGUUAGUUUCAAUGUGUUGGGAUAAUUACUUCCUAUAGGCAGCGAGUAAAAGAACAUUUUCAGAGCAACCUUGUGCAUUCUACCACAUACAGAAAAAAGUAGAAAGCGUGUUCACUAUCUCUCUCGGUUUUUUUGGGUGGGUUUUUGGUUGGAUUGGUUCUUGUGGUUGUUUUCUGGCCAAUUCUCUGGCUUUGUGAUUUGUUAAUUUGUUGUUCUGCUGAGCUAUUGUUCGAGUUGGUGUGUUUCCCUUUCAUUGCUGGGUAUUUGUUUUCUGCCCUUCUUCUCUUCUGCUUAAUACGUUUUCAAUUACCAACAGAAAAAUUAAAGCUGCCAUUUUUUUUUUCAUAGAUCAUUUUCUCUUUACGUAUUUACUGAGUGUUUGCAGAACCAGAUUUCCAGCAACUGUUUUUCUUCCAUGGCCUUGAGCACCCAAAGAGCUUCUACAUCUCGUACUUCAGCUGAAUUGGCUCCUCCUCGAUGGAAGCAUGAUGUUUUUCUGAGUUUCAGGGGCGAAGACACUCGCAGGGGUUUUAUCUCUCAUUUAGACCGUGCACUGGCGUACUGGCAAGCAAUGGGAACUUUCAAGGACGAUCGAGAACUUGAAGUAGGAGCAACUAUUUCUCUGGAGCUGUUGACCGAGAUCGAAGAAUCAUAUCUUGCCAUCAUUGUUCUCUCCCCAAAUUACGCUUCUUCCACUUGGUGCUUGGAUGAACUCUCAAAGAUUCUUGAAUGCAUGGAAGACACCAAGAGAAUUCUGCCAAUCCUUUAUGACGUGGAUCCUUCCGAUGUGCGACACCAAAGGGAGAGUUUUGCGGAAGCUUUCACUAAGCAUGAAGAAAGGUUUAGUGGAGAUGCAGAGAAGCUGAAUCGGUGGAGAGACGCUUUAACAAAAGUUGCCAAUCUGACUGGCUUAGAUUCAAAAACUUAUAAGUCAGAAGCAGAGCUUGUCGAUGACAUUGUCAAACGUGUGUGGAAGAAAGUGAAUCCUACAUUCACGUUGUUAGAUUCUCAAGAGAAGUUAGUCGGAAUUGAUUCUGCACUUGAUCAACUACGCUUGUAUUUAGCUCCCGAAGAAAAUGAUGUCCGCUUUAUAGGGAUAUGGGGAAUGGCGGGGGUAGGCAAAACAACCCUUGCUAACCUAGUUUAUGAGAAAAUUUCCCAUCAUUUCGAGCAUUGCUGUUUUCUAUAUAAUGUGAGAAAGAAGGAGCUUUCUGAUCUACAAAGACAACUUCUUUCCCCACUUUUGAACGGAAAUCAUAUUUGGGAUGAAAGGGAGGGAACCGUUUUCAUUAAUAAAGUUUUAAGGAAUAAAAAGGUUCUUCUUGUACUUGAUGAUGUGGAUAAAUUACACCAACUAGAAGUACUGGCUAGAGAUAAAAUUUUGUUUGGUGUGGGGAGUAGAAUUAUCAUCACAACUAGAGAUAAACGUCUACUUGUUCAGCAUGGUACAACCACCUUUAAGGUCAAGGUCUUAAAGAAUGAAGAAGCUCUUGAGCUCUUUAGUCGACAUGCCUUUCAGAAAGAUCAGCCUGAGGAAGGAUUUCAAGAACUGUCUCAGCAUUUCCUAUAUUAUGCCAAUGGCCUUCCAUUAGCUCUUAAAAUUUUGGGGCGUGCUUUGUAUGGGAGAGAUCAAGAUGCGUGGAAGAGUGCGUUGUAUAAUCUAAACAAAAUUCCUGAUCCAGAUAUUUUUGAUUCACUCAAAGUAAGUUAUUAUGGACUAAAAGAGAUGGAGAAGAAAAUUUUUCUGCAUGUUGCGUGUCUCCAUAGAGGGAGGGAUAAAGAGCAAGUAAUUGAAAUACUAGAUUGUACCCUUGACAUUUCCAGUCAUAUUGAGAUAGAUAUUCUUAUUGAGAAAUCUCUCUUAACUAUUGACAAACACUUUCGUAGCAACUUUGUUGAAAUGCAUGAUUUGAUACAAGAAAUGGCAUGGAGAAUUGUUCAUGAAGAGUCUCCCGAGCCUGGUAAACGCAGUCUUCUGUGGCAUCCUAGUGACAUUUCUCAUGUAUUGAUGAACAAUACAGGAACAGGAGCAAUUGAAGCCAUAGUCCUAUGUCUGGCCAAAUUAGAAACAGUGCGCUGGAAUUGUACUGAUGCCUUCAAUGAGAUGCACGGGUUAAGGCUCCUUCACUUUGAUUAUGUGGUGUUUUCUUCAGGCCCUAAAUUUCUUCCAAAUUCCUUAAGACAUAUCCAGUGGAGUUGGUAUCCUUCCAAAUCGCUCCCAUCAGGUUUCAAACCACAUUUGCUUUCUAAACUAGAAAUGUGGAAUAGCAAACUUGUCCGGCUUUGGGAUGGAGCAAAGGAUUUUCCGAAUUUGAAAUCUAUGGAUCUUAGUUUCUCUCAUAAAUUGACCAGUAUCCCAGAUUUCACACGCAUUCCAAAUCUUGAGGAAUUGAAUCUGAAUGAUUGUAAGAAAUUAAGCGAGGUUCACUCGUCCAUUGCAGUUCACAAAAAGCUGAAGGUCUUAAUACUUGAUGAAUGUAAAAGUAUUAAGUGUCUCCCAAGUGCGUUGGAAAUGGAUUCUCUUGAAUACUUUUCUUUUUGGGGCUGCUCAAAAGUGAAAAAGAUUCCAGAAUUUGGGGAACAUAUGCAGAACUUGAAAAGCAUUUAUUUAGAUAGGACUGCUAUCGAACAAAUACCUUCAUCAAUUGAACAUCUGGUUGGUCUUGAUUAUCUAUGUAUAAGUUAUUGCAAAAGUCUCUUGGGUCUACCAAGUGCGAUAUGCAAUUUGAAGUCUCUUAGAACCCUCGAUGGGAACGGAUGCUCAAAAGUUGACAAACUCCCAGGGGAGAUGGAGUCUUUAGAGGAGCUUAAUUUAUAUGGAAGUGGUAUGAGAGAGCCGCUUGUUGUUAUGAAAAAUCUCAAAAUUUUAAACCUUAGUGGAUCAGUUGCUUCAAGGGAUGGCAGUGGGUGGGGCGUUGACCCUGAGCGUUGGGGUUUGGUGUUGUCUUCUCUAAAUCGUUUAGGGUCUUUGACUGAUUUAGAUCUAAGUUUUUGUAAUAUUGGUGAAGGAGCCAUUCCAGAUGAUAUCGGCUGCUUGUCUUCUUUAAAAGAGUUGGAUCUUAGGGGAAACAAAUUCGUUAGCCUUCCUUCAAGCAUUAGAUUCCUUUCUGAGCUUCAGUCUCUUCGGUUGCAGAGGUGCAAAAGGCUUGAGCAAUUGCCAGAUCUUCCGCCAAAGAGAUCCUCAUUAUUUGUACAUGUAGACGACUGUACCUCCUUAAAAAGGCUGUCAGAUCCAUCAAAGUUGAGCGAAGGAGCCAACGUGUAUGAUUUUAUAUUUACUUGUCGUAAUUGCUUCAGAUUGGUUGAAGAAGAAGGCUGGAUUAAUAGAAUAUUUGCAAUGAUAAUGAGAUUGGCCGCUGAGGUACACACACUCUCUCCUAAUGACCCUAUUGUAUGGCCUGGAAGUGAAAUUCCAGAUUGGUUCGAUAAUCAAAGUGUGGGAGAUUCAAUAAUUGUGGUGCCGCCCCUACCACCACAAACAUGUAGUGACUGGGUUGGGAUUGCUUUCUGUGUUGUUUUCGAAGAUUAUGAACAUUUGAAACAUCCAAGCUACAAUUAUUUCCAAAUUCGCUGUUCAUGGAAACCGUAUGUAGAUACUUUUAUAGUCGGGGAUCUUAGGUCACAACACCUUUUGGUUUUCUAUUUGCCUAAAGAUCCCUAUCUCAGGGAUGCCUCAAACAGUCAUCAGUUAUCAUUUGAAGGGCAUUAUUGGUCAAUCGGAUCUUCGUACAAAGAACUGAAAACAAGCUUGAUUAUAAAGAAAUGUGGAACCCGUUUGGUGUACAAGAGAGAUUUGGAAGAAUUCAGCCGAAUACUGAAAAUCCCGAUGCCGGCAGUGUAUGGAUACGAUGACGAGGCAGGCCCAAUUGAUAGUGAAAGUGGUAGCUCUGAUGAGGAAAACUAGUGUUAUUCACAAAGUUUCAAAUUUAUGAGAAUGAACCAACCACAAGUUCUCAAUCAGCGAAAACGGUAAGAUAUUAGUAGCAACCAUGAGGCAAUACUUGAGACAAUGCCAAUCAUCAUUUUUGGAAACAGAGAAGGAAGCUGUGUGUAUAUUAAUUAAGUGGACUGCUCUCUGCAGAGUUUGCUUUGUGGGUUUUGUAGAGAUGUGGUACCAACCUUUGAACCCAAGACCACUAGGCAGUCUGGAGAGUUUACUUUGGCCCAACUAACGCGUAUAAAUACCUUCUUAUCCCCACUCUUUUACUCUUUUCCCACUUUCGCCCAACUCCCUGGAACUCAGCUCUCUCUCAUUCGCGCUCUCCGUCUCUGUCUCUGUCGUUUAUUUUCUCCAUACAAAUCGAACUGAGAUCUCUCUCCGCUGGGUUUCUCUUUCUGAUAUCAGUUAACGGCUUAUUGAAUUGGGUCUACCGAGUGUGAUAUGCAAUCUGAAGUCUCUUAAAAUCCUCUGGGGUUGCUCAAACUUGACAAACUGCCAGUGGACAUGGAGUCUGUAGAGGAACUUUAUUUAGACGGAAGUGCAACGAGAGAGCUGCCGCUUGGUAUAAAAAACCUCGAACGUCUAAGCUUUGCUAAAUCAUCAACUUCAAGGGAUGGCAUUGGCAUUGGCAUUGGCAUUGGGUGGGGCCUUGACUGUUUAUUUGGUAGCUCUGAUGACAAUGAACCAGGAAGUGAUAGCUCUGACGACGACGAUGAACCAAUCAGCAAAAGAUUCAAGAAAGUCUAAAUUAUUUUGUGCUUGGUUCAAUCAUUCAAUGAGAUGAAUUGGGAGAAACUUAUGAAGAUGGCUGGUGCAGUUCACACUGGUGGAAAGGGUAGCAUGAGGAGAAAGGAGAAGACUGUUCACAAGACAACUACCACAGAUGACAAAAGGCUUCAGAGCACCAUUAAGAGAAUAGAGGGUGAACGCUAUUCCUGCAAUCAAGGAAGUUAACAUAUUUACGGAUGAUGUUGUCAUCCAGUUCAUGAACCCCAGAGGGCCAGAUAACUUGGACAAUUUGAUGAAACUGGCAGAGCAGUUCCAGAAGCAAGCGCCUGGUGCUAGUGCUGCUGGUGGAACCACUCCACAAGAGGAUGAUGAUGACGAGGUCCCUGAGCUUGUUGCUGGUGAGAACUUUGAAGCUGCUGCGGAGGAGAAGCAAGCUUCGUAGAGAGUUUCAAGGGGAUUUUGUGUCAUUUUAUACUUGGUUCAUUUUAUCUUUUUGGUUAAAAUCUAGUUUUACUAUUCCCUAAUGCUUGAUCGAUUAUUGUGUUUAAAGAUUAUUUUCCUGUUUUUAGAUGAUUGUUAUAAACACAUCAAGUAACGAAACCCUUUCAAGCCUUCUGAUUC